GAGAGAGAGAGAGAGGGCAAGCAGUUGUGGAAACCCUUCAUUGCCCCUGAUCCCCCCUCACUCUUCCCACUCUCUCAGCAGGCUGAUAGCACAUGCAGUCUGUACCUGCAUGUGUCUCCCAGAACUGGCGGGAGCUCAGCCACUAAACAGGGCUCGAGGUUAAGGGAUGGGACAAGGUGACUGAAGGUGGCCAGAGACAGCCAGACAAACACACAGACAUACAAUAGAUCAACAGGUACAAUGGUGGCAGAAGAAGUAGUGGUCACCCUCUCAGGUGGAGCACCAUGGGGGUUCCGACUGCAGGGGGGAGCAGAGCAACAGAAACCCCUUCAAGUGGCUAAGGUUAGGAAGCGCAGUAAGGCCUGUCGGGCUGGCCUUCGGGAGGCAGAUGAACUGGUCGCAAUCAAUGAUGUGGCCUCUGGAGAGCUGUCUCAUGCUGAGGCCAUGAACCUGAUCGACAGUGGCCGGGGAUCCCUUCAGCUGAGGAUUAAGAGGGCCCCAGUGGGAUUCCAGUCAGUAGUGCUGUUGGACCGAGCCCCCUCCCCUCGAAUUGAUAAAGAGUAUAGGGCAGCCCUAAAAGCCCUAUCCCCUCCAACCUCCUCUAAACUGUCAUGUGACCACAGGGGAGCAAUCAUGUCUCCCACCAGUGGCCCAGAGUGCUUGACAUCCCCUCCGGACAGUGAGGCAUACUAUGGUGAGACUGAUAGUGAUGCGGAUGUGACGGCUCAAGACAAGCAGCGUAGACAGAAGCGCCGCAGCCCCAGCAGCUCCCCAGCCAAAGGCAAUGGCCUAGGUUGGCCCCAUGAAGAGGAAAACUCAGAGAUGAGUGGCUAUGAGAGUGCCACUGAUAAUAUGCGUAUAUACCCUCAAACAAAGACCUGGACCAUUUCUAAUGGCACAGUGGAGGGGAUAGGUUCUUCACAGCAGCAGAGUUUACCUGGAGUGGUCCGCAGAGAGGUAGUCUUCCAGCCCAACCAGGCAGAGUGGUCUCAUCAGGGUGAGAACUCUUCAGAGAACUCUGAUCAAAGCCCAACAGGGGCAGCAGAAGUCGACAGUGGUUUCCAAGAGCCUCCAACAGUUCCCCCUCCUUUGGUGUCCCCAGAGAGGGCCAAAGAAGCACUCCUGCUGGCAUCUCACAGAACACUGGUACCCAUGGUGGGUCCUGUGGAUAACCCAGUGGAUGAAGAGCUCACUGUCACAUACAUGGACAAGGCCAAGCAAGCCAAGCUGCACAGAAAUGAGAGUGUGCAGGACAAACAGGUGAAGGAGGCACGAUCCAAGUGCCGGACCAUUGCCUCACUGCUGACUGAUGCGCCAAACCCUCACUCAAAAGGUGUGCUUAUGUUUAAGAAGCGCCGCCAGCGUGCAAAGAAGUACACACUUACCUGCUUUGGCAGUGUCGACGGUGAGAGCUUGAGCAACACAGAAGGAGAAACCGAGGACGAGAGCUUUUUUCUGGGCAGUGAGUCAGAACUGGAUGAGGAUAGUCUUUCAGCAGCACCAGAUCCUACCUGGGACAGUGGCUAUCUGGAUGUCUUGGAAAGGAGGACGUCAGCCUGUGUGAUAACUGACAGGGACAUAGAGGGCAGCCCAGGCCUAAGUGCCACCUCAGGGAAAGGGGCAGAGCUUUUUGAGCAACAGAGGAAGAAGACUGAGAAACAUACAUCCACACCAGUUACCCUGACCCCAGCCUCUAUGCCCCAGCAGCAGCCAAACCCGGCUGUGAUAUACACGCCUGUUACUCCAGUUACACCAUUCUCUUCUCAGAGUAGCAGCAUGGUGAAUGGGGAGCCUAUGGUGGUGAGCAGAACCAGUAUGGUGCUGUCUUCUCCAGGCCAAACUUCCAUGGGCCCUGUGGCAGGAUCCUUACAAUCAGAGCAAUCAGAUCCUUCCUCUGGAAGCUCGGUCCACAACAGAACUGCCAGACCUUUUGCUCCUGGCUGUGUCAGCCAUAGAGCCUCAACAGCCCCAGUUGUCUUCAGGCCCAAUACUACAAAGAAAACCCCACUUCAGGCUCAAGGGGUAUUUGUGUCAACUGUACCUGCUCCUUUUUCUCCUGCUGGAUCUGGAUCUGGAUCUGGCCCUGGUGGCUCUGAUCAAAAGAGAGCCAUCUCUACUGCUUCCCUGUACAUCCCCCCAAGACCAGCCACAGUCUGUGGCCCUCCGUCUGUCUUUUCUCCAUCCUCUUCUGUGACAUCUCCUUCAUUUUCUCCCCCUGCCUUAAAUGGCCCACCUUUCCCUCCACAAGCUUCAGUGACAUCUGCACCUUUCUCUCCAACAUCUGCUCUUGAUUCACCUCAUAAUCCAGCCUCUGCUGUUGCUGUCCAGCCUUACUUCUCUCCACCAGGACACACUUUGCCCUUUAGCCCUCCUCCCACCACGUCUAGCAAUCAAUGUCAGUUUCCAUCAACAGUUCCUGUGUCAUCACAGUCCUAUUUAUCCCCUUCUCCUGCAACUCCCUCUGCCCCAGUUCCUGCCCACAUUCAAGUCCCUGCACAGUUCCCUCAAGGUCCAAAUAUGCAGCAAUCACAAGCUCAUAAGGUUUCCUUCUACCCAUAUAUCUCAGUGGCAACCACUUCAUCCGGAACAGCAAUAACCCCCAUGGCCCAGCAGUAUCCCCUCUCUAAUUCAAGUACAGGGGUUUCUUCUCGAGAGCAGAGGAUUUCCAUCCCAGCUGCCCGCACAGGCAUUUUGCAGGACGCCCGUCGCCGCAACACUAAGAAACCCAUGUUUAGCAAGCCUGAAGAGAAGAAGCCUGUCUCUUAUAAUCCUGAGUUGCUGUCUCUAGUGCAGAACCUUGAUGACAGGUCCCGCUCUGGGGCAGAGCCCGGUUUUGAGUCAGGUCCAGAAGAGGACUCCCUCAACCUGGGUGCUGAAGCUUGCAACUUCAUGCAGGCUCAAAGAGGCAGAAUAGCUCCCCCAGUGGCUCCAAAGCCUGCACACAACACUCCUGAGAUCCCCCAAAUGGGAGGGAAGGGAGCAGAACUAUUUGCACGUCGACAGAGUCGCAUGGAUCGCUAUGUGGUAGACAAACAGCCCAAGUCUCCAGCCCAACCUCGAGAACCGUCACCUACUAUUUCUCUCCCAGGUCACUGGAAAUACUCCCCCAAUGUCCGCGCCCCUCCUCCGAUUAAUUAUAACCCACUGUUGUCCCCGUCUUGCCCUCCAUUGGCCCAGCGAGGCAAUAAAGCAAAUGAGGCUGCAAGAAGUGGAACCAAAACAGCACCUGGCCAACACAAGCAAGGCAUCAAAGCUUUGGACUGCAUGAGCAGACAGCCUUACCAGCUCAACUCUAACUUGUUCAGUUAUGGGGGCAGUGUUCCUCAGACCAUUUCUACCUACCAACAGCAGCAGAAUGGAAUCAACAAUAUCGGUGGCACUCUGAACCCACCAAAGCAAGUCCCUGUGAAAACCCCCCGUGUAUAUGAGAUCAAGCGCUUCUCCACCCCAACCCCAAUGUCAGCACCAACAACCCUGAGCCCUACUGUGAUCGUCCCACGCUCGGCCACCACUCUGGCUGAACCAAUGUGGCGCUCUGACAUCACCUCACCUCCUCCUGUCGCUCCUCGACCUGCUGUACCUUAUUCUCCCCCACCUCCUGCCCCUUCAGCAGCCCUACCAGCAUUACCCAAGUUCUACACCACCCCUGUGCCCAAUGCAGUUCCCAUCCCAGCACCCACUCCUGCACAAGUCCAAAGCCCAUUCCAGGCAGCCAAUCAGUUUCAGAGUGCUCCAGAGCUGAGCCCCCUGUCUCCCACCUGGGGACGUUCUGCCAUGUCUGGAAGCAGUCAGAACCUGCAGGUGCCCAGACCCCACUUCACCACCUCUAGCAUGGGCCUGCAACCCAAUGUAUGGAGGCCUGGCUCCAUGCUCUAUUGAAUUUCACUCCACCGUGAAGAACCAGCUCCAUGAAGUAACACAGAGUACUUCACAGUGUAUUUGUGCUGUGAAUCAGUAUUGAAUUAGUAUCUUAUUGCCUGAGUAAUAAGACAAACACUGGAUGAAAUGAUUGCACGUACGUGAUUUAUGCACAAGCAGUAUUUUUUCCCUUAUCAACAAAUAGCUGGUUUACAGAUUUCUUGCAGUUUCAUUUAAUUGUUAUGAUAUCAAUGUGUCAUGCAGAAAAUCCAGAAAAUAUAAAGUAUUGUGCAAAAGUCAGAGACCAUCCUUCAUUUAUUUAAUUUCCAGUCAAAAUAGCCAUCAGGGAGAAGACAUUAAUUUUUAAGAUAUUUCUGAGAUUAGAUAAGAUUGAAUGUGUUUGGGAUCCCAAAUAGAAUAGAAUAUGGAAUAAAGAUGAAGGGUAGACACUGAAAAUACUGAAGAAUUGAAUAUUAUGUUUAGUUAUUAAGGGUUAUGUGUUAUUAUCUGUUAAAAAUAUGUUUUCUGCUUUUUUUCCUGAUGCUAAGAAAUUAAUAACUUGUAUGGAAUGACUGUUCUGACUGGAAAUCAAGAAAUGAAGGGUUGUCUCUGACUUUUGUAAAGCGCUAUACGUCACACAGAGAUGAAAGAAGUAUUUUAACAUAGUGAUAAACAAAUGUAAGAUUAAUUUACCAACUGGGGCCAUACAUAGGAACCACCAGAGACAUGACUUAAGCCAUCAAAGGUGACAGCACACAAAGGUGACAGACUAAAAAGAUUACCAUGGAGUGAAAGAGAGGGGGAAAGUGAAGUGAGGAAAAAAAGAACUUUCAACAGAUCAAGGCGAGAGAAAGAUCAAAGAAGAUGAAUGAAGAUUUGCAGCUCAUUCCACUGCAGAGAGUUAUAGACUGUCUUUAACUGGUGUAAUACCCAAGAACUCUAGAGUGUUUUAAACAUGUGUUAAAAUUGCCACAGGAUGUUAUAAAGAAAUUGGAUUAUUUGAAGCAGCGAUGGACAGUGAGGCCCAGUGAUUCUAACAAAGAGAUGGGAGAGGUGCUCAAGGAAUAUGGUAUUUGUUUGGAAAGAAACAAGACUGGUAUCCUCAGGAGAGAUGGUACAAAUCACAUUACACAGCACCCUAUUCUCUGAACCUACAGGCAAACUUCUACAUAUCUGCAUAUGAAUCAUUCUGGGUGCUUGAUGCAUGUGCUUAUUUCACUCAGAUGCUGCUUCAGAGUACAGAAGAUGAUGCUGAUCCCUCAUAGCUGUCCUGCGCUACUUUCGGCAAUGCAUGUGGCUCCCAGUGCGGAGAGUUAUGCGGGAGAUGACUGCAUGACAGAUUGGAAAAGCACCUGUGUCAUUUCUCAGUGCAUGGCUCAUGAUGCUUCAUCAUGUGAAUGAUACAUCUUUUCACAUUUCACCGCCUCUGCUGUCACUGUGGAUGAUGCUUUUGCAAAACAAACAUGACUUCUCUUUCAGUCUUGUGCAUCACUUGCUCACAUGCAUAUAUUACAUAUGCAAGUGGACCUUUUUCCUCCUUAAAUCAUAUUAAUGUGUAAAUUUAUGAAAAAAUAUUCACUUUUGUGUAGUUUGAGCAACACAUAACCAAAACAACACAUAACCAAUUAAAACAGAUUCUGUGGUAGGUACCAUUUCUCCUCUGAGGUUUGGUGGCUGGAUGUUGGAAGUUAAAUUAAGCACUGGAGCCAAUGGACUAUAAGAUGGUUUAGGAAAUAAGGUUAAAAAAGGAAAAGAGAACACACAGUAGAAAUCACUUUGUUUUCUUCUUUAUGUAGGACACAUAAGAGGUGUACACUGAGAUGUUCAUUUUGUAUUAUCAGAUUUGUUAAUAUGCAUGCCUUAUUACAUACAGAUGUAGGUUAGAAACUAUGCACCAAUGGUAAAUAUUUGCUUUGUUAUAAUUACAGCAAUGUGAGUUAAAAAAAAAUAGACAUUAAGUGUGAUGAAGACACAAAAAGAAAAAGCAACGUUAUUUGAGAGGAAUGAAAAGUAAUGAUGAAUGUACUGUUUUCUGAGUCUGGGCAUAUGACUACCAAUUUUUAAUGUUUGAGACACUGAAACUACAGCAAUAAAAAUAUUCCAUCUCUCUGUCUUUA